AUGGCCGGCCAAGACGUCCCCGUGCAGGCUGAAGACGUCGAGGAGGGGGGCGCCCCUGACAACGCAGGGGACGCCCCUGUAGUGGCGCUGUACCGCUAUGAAGAGCAAGUGCUUCUGGACGACCUCCCCGCCAGGGCCGCCAUGGAGGAGGUCCUCGGGGGGCACUUUUACCGCGAACUCGACACCAAGUUUGAGAACGAGGCGGCCGAUAGAGCCGAGGCGGCCAAGGUCUCGGACGGCACCCUCUCCAGCGACGAGGACACCAUGCCCGCCUCGGAGUCGCCCAAGUCUCUGGAGUGCCAGGGCGUCGUGCCGGCCGCCGUCGGCGACAGGAUGCGCCGCCCCAAGGUGCGGGGCUUGUUCGACGACCUGGGCAGCGCGCCGUGGGAGUGGGUGGCCGCGGCCAGCCGCCCUCUCAGGCAGCGCGACCUGGACAACCCCGUGAUCGAGGCCAUCGUCACCCGCUGCCGCUACCUGCACCACACGCUCGGGCAGGCGGGAGAGCCCUCCUCCCCUUCCUCAUCGCCCUUGUCCCGCUCCUUGGAGAACGACUACACCGUCGCCGAGAUCUGGGGCAUGCUGCACCGACUCCUCGGCGAAAUUGGACCUUCCUUCAGCUUGAAUGACCCUAGGCAUCGGGACGUGAGGACCCUGUUCACCCGGAAUGAAAUCCAAGAUGACCUCUUGUGGCUGCAGGAAAUGUACCACAAGAAUGGCAUCAGCCACCGGGCGCAGGGCCAGCUCUGCGAGACGUUUGGGCGGCAGUUCGACGGCUCGGAGAUGGUGUCCCUCUUCGACCUGUGCGACUGGUUAAACUUCAUGCAGCUGGACCUGACGGAGGCAGGUGGCGGUGGACGGUGGCUGUCAGUGUCCCUGAAGAAGCACGCCGCCGUGUCCAUCUCCGAGCUGCGCCAGCACCUCGGCGCCAACCUUGACGCGCCCGACGACUCGGACGAGGUGACCAGCGCCCUGUGCGACGUGCCCCUGCACCAGACUCUCAGCAACUACUUCUGGAUGUUGUGGGGCCUGCGGCACGCACUCGACGUGUCCGACCCAUGGAAUAAGGAGUAUCAGGACUAUGCGUUGUUGCGGAAGCGCAUGCUCAACUCCAGCCGGUGCGUGGCGCAAGACAACAUCUUGGGCAGCUCCACGCAAGCCGCCAACUAUCUCGGCGUCAGCGUCCUGACCGUCCAGACCGUCCACACCAUCGAGACGGACGAUGAUGAGGACACAGCGGACAGCCCAUAACAGCGGCUGCCGGUCUGCGACGGCGACCGCGCAGGCCGAGCAGACC